UUAAAUGCAUCACUGUUAACUGUCGCGCAUGCCCAAUAAAUGCUUCCUGUUUACAUUCGUUACAAACCAAAUUAUCGAAUUUAUUUGUUAUUUAUCAAAUUAGUGUGAUACAGUAGUGUUUUACGGUGUGGCAAAAUCAGAUUUAAGGCAACAUGGCACUUCCCACCAUGCCACACUACUGGACUACCAGGAAAAAUGUAUAUGAACAGAACAUUGUUAGACGUAGAAAUCAGGACACAGAUUUUAGAGAAAAAUGGUCAAAUACUGCAAAUUAUUUCCUCAAAAACGAUGUUGAAAUGACAAAACAGAGAGCCUGGGAGUCCCCUAGAAGCAUGCAAGAUAGUGUUCAAGCAUACAGAAAAGGUAAAAAGGAAGAAGAAAAGAAAAAGAAUCUUGAAAGAAGGCGACUUAAACUUACUAAUCUGCUGAAAGAGGAAAGGAAUCAGUAUGAGGCAGAAUUAAAGGGGUACUCGAGGGACAACCACUCAAGACUGGAUGAUAUGAAGGACAGGGCAGAAACACUCAGGAGUGCCCGUGAAGAAAAACGAAAAAAUAUUGCUCAGGAAAAACUAUAUGAACAUUGGAGGCAAAAUAAUCCAGAUAUUAGAAAGAUAGAGUCAGAGCAGUUGAAGGAUUAUGUUGUGGGUAAUUGGCCAGCUCAGAGACAGGAGAAGUUUGAGAGACUAGAAUCAGCAAGGAAGGAGAAAGAAGAAUUUGAGAAAGAAAUGGAAGAGGAACGACUUGCCGCCAUCGCUAGAGACAGGGAGAAGAUGGAGGAGAAGAUUGAGGAAGAAAAGAAGCUCAAAGAAAUGUUAAAACAACAGAUGUUAGAAAUACGAGCCAGAGAUGCUGAGGCUGAACUAUUGAAGAAAGAGGAAGAAGAAUUAGAGAAACAACAAUGGGAACUUGAAGAUUUGGAAGAGGAGAGAAAACAGAUGGAAGAGAGAAGGAAAAAACAAGAUUUUGGGAGAGUGUUACUAAGACAACAUAUUGCACAGAUGAGGCGUCAUUCAAAACAAGUCCAGGAAGAAUUGGAAUUAGACAGAAAGAUUUUAGAAGCUUUGGCAGAGAAAGAUACAGAAUUGCAAGAGGUACAAACAGCAAGAAAAGAAAAGGCAAAAGCUGAUGCAACGUGGAUGAAAAAGGUUAUAGAGGAGCAGAUUCGAGUGGAGAAAGCUAGGGAGGCAGAGCUGGAUCUACUGUAUCAGGAUGAAGCAGCUCGUAUGUGGCAGAAGAGGGAAGCCGAGUGGGAGAAGGAAAGACGGGCAAGGGAAAGAUUGAUGAAAGAGGUGUUAGACUCAAGAACACAACAGAUUGAAGGUAGAAUGGAGGAGGUGAGGUUACGUCAUGAAGAAUCUAUAAAACAGAGGGAACAGUUACUACGGGAACUAGAAAUAGCCAAUCAGCUUACACGUAGAGAUCAGGAAAAGGUAGAGGCAGAAAGGGAACAACUAAAACUUGAUCUUAAACAACAGUUGACAGCUAGGAAGAUGGAGGAAGCAGACAUGCAGUUAAAGUUGAAGUUAGAGGAAGAUGAAGAACAAAAAGCAGAUAAAGAAUACGAGGAAUUUUUACGACAAGAAACAGAAAGAUUAAAAUUACGAGGGUUUACACCUAGGCACCAUGGAAAACAAGCUUGGAUGUGAAAAUAUAUGGAUAAUACACAGGUGUGACUUACUGGUGAUCUUUAUGGUUUCUUUCAACACUAGAUAGGAAAUAUAUGAUCUGUUUUGUCAUUCUGUAUGACAGAAGUAUACAUAACCAAGUGAUGAUGGUUAUGAUUUUAUAUGCUGGCAUCUUUUGUAUUGCAGAAGAGUACAAAACUUAGUGGUUAUUCUUUUUAUCUACGGACAUUUUAGAGAAAUCAGCACAGCAACAUGUUGGCUGAGAAAGAAACCAGCCUUGUCUCUCAAUAAUACAAACAUACUACAAGAGCUAUAAAAAAACUAUAUGUAUUUAAACUCAAGAUGAUACUAUUUUGGUGAAGGGACCCUUUGUGCUUACAUAAUUUGAGACAAACACUUAAUUAAAAUGACAAUAUUUCUAAAGUUUUCCAGCAAUUGCUUAAUACGUCAUCAUGAUUGGGAAUAUAGGGUAUAUGAUAUAAAACUACUUGGCCAGAUUCUAAAUAGAUGGCACAGGAAAACCAUCAUCUUAACUGAUAUUCUAGAUGUAAACUUGUAAAUGUGUCAGAAUUCAUUAUUUUAUACAAGGUGUCUUGCAACUAUAUCAGCUCAAUAAAUGUAUGUCAUAUUUGUUAUUAAGAUACUAGUAAUUGUUUGAUGUUCAGGUAAAUAAUGUUUCUUAGGAUAGAUCCCUAUUCUGACUUUUUAUUUGAAUAGCAAUAGAUUUAAUAUUAACACAUACUGUUUUGUUAACAGAUAUGUUGUGAUGGAAUUCUUGUUGCAUCCGGUCAGGGAUCCAUUUUUUUUACAAUAAAACUUACAGAGGCGCUUGAAAUAACUUGCUUUAUGUGAAAGAAUAGAAUAUCAUUUUAAUAUAGGGAUGUGACUUCUUUACAUUAAAGGACCAACCCAGAUGUUAAUGAAUAUUCUAUUGCUCUGUAGGCGAUACUGAUAUUCUUAGGAGUAAAAUAUUAUCAAGUGUUAUAUUUUUGGUAUAGGUUUUUUAUAUUACAAGAUUUUUUGUUUUAGUGAGUUGUUAUUUUGCAGAGUUCCCUCUGACAAUGAAAAAUUCAAAUAUGAAAAUCUUGGCAAUAAGGUGUAUUUGAAAUGAAAGUAGUUCUUAUUGCCAAUAUUAAAGAACAAUAAUAUAUCUAGUUGCAAGAAUUAUGAGGGGAAAGAAACCCCAGUAAAUAAAAUAUGUAUCUUAAAGAUAUGUAUAGGUUUGGCUAGUGUUGACAUAUACAUGUAGGCAGCAAGUUUUUGUGAUAUGUACAGAUGAAGAUUUUCUUUCCAGCAACUUUUAUUUAUUGCAACUUUUAUUGUCUUUGUUUAUAAUUAAAUUAUCUUUAUAUGUGAAGCAAA